UGGACGGAGGCGUUGUCCGCGCAGAGAGUGUGAUCCUGACCACCGGGACGUUUCUGAGAGGAAUGGUUGUGAUCGGACUGGAAAUGCAUCCCGCGGGCCGCCUGGGGGAUCAGCCUUCUGUGGGGUUGGCUCAGACUCUGGAGAAGUUGGGGUUUGUGGUGGGAAGGUUGAAGACUGGGACCCCACCCCGAAUUGCCAAAGAGUCCAUUGAUUUCGGCUCUCUGGACAAGCAGACCCCAGAUGAUCCGCCUGUGCCGUUCAGCUUUCUCAGUGAGGCCGUGUGGAUUAAGCCAGAGGACCAGCUGCCCUGUCACCUGACUCACACCAACCCUAGAGUGGACGCCGUCAUCCUCGAGAACCUUCACCUCAACAGUCACGUGAGGGAGACGACGAAAGGGCCCCGAUACUGUCCCUCCAUUGAGUCAAAGGUUCUGCGCUUUCCCAACCGCGUCCACCAGGUUUGGCUGGAGCCCGAGGGGAUGGACUCUGACCUUAUCUACCCUCAGGGGUUGUCUGUGACGCUGCCCGCGGAGCUGCAGGAGAAGAUGAUCUCGUGCAUCCGGGGCUUGGAGAAAGCGAGAAUGGUGCAGCCGGGCUAUGGCGUCCAGUAUGAUUACCUGGAUCCCCGGCAGAUUGCGCCUUCGCUCGAGACCCGCCUGGUGCAGAGGCUCUUCUUUGCUGGGCAGAUCAACGGCACCACGGGUUAUGAGGAAGCCGCAGCUCAGGGUGUGGUCGCCGGAGUCAACGCCAGUCUUCGGGUCCGACGCCGGCCGCCCUUCGUUGUCAGCCGCACGGAAGGCUACGUAGGCGUCCUGAUCGAUGACCUCACCACGUUGGGCACCAGCGAGCCCUACCGCAUGUUCACCAGCCGCGCCGAGUUCCGCCUGUCCCUGCGCCCGGACAACGCCGACUGCCGGCUCACGUUCCGAGGGUACGAGGAAGCCGGCUGUGUGUCCCAGCAGCGCUAUGACAGAGCUGCGUGGAUGAAGUCGUCCUUAGAAGAGGGCAUUUCUGUGUUGAAAUCCAUUGAGUUUUCAAGCACCAAGUGGAAAAGGCUAAUCCCGCAGGCGUCCAUAAGUACCAGUAGAAGUCUCCCUGUCAGCCUCUUACGAAUCCAUAUUGCUCUGUCAGCUACAAGAAAUAAAGGAAGUUCAGCGAGAUGAGGCUCUCCAGCUGCCAGCGGACCUGGACUAUUGGAGUCUCAGGGACGUGUCUCUGUCCCACGAAGCUCGGGAGAAACUGCAUUUCAGUCGUCCACCGACGGAAGGGAGGCGGAAGUGGAAGAUGGUUAUUGUGUGGAAAUAGCAUCCCCGCCCAGAGAACAUGAGGAAUCUGGGCUCAGACUGACACUUACAGGCGCUUUUCUGGGUACAGCCGCACAAGCGGCUGGCCAGCCAGCAUGCAGGUGGUAACUCAAGACUGGUAAGUCACACCCACAAACUCCGGUCAUAACCCAAGUUUGUGUCUGAGGCCAGCCGUGACCUCGAGGGUCCACCGUUUCUAAAUAUACUUCUAAAAAUAUUUUGUGCUACCUAUUUAACUCAUGAAAGAGCAUUGUUAAAAUGCUUUUUUUUUUGUCUUUUUUUGGUACCGGGAAUUGAACUCACAACCUUGCACUUGCCAG